UCAGCCCAGAGAGACACGGGGACGUGUACCCCAAGAACCACAGAGCCAACCAAACCAGCUAACCGGGAGCAUCUCCGGCCACGCAUCAAGCUAAAGCACACGCAAAACAGCCGGCCCCCACGAGUCGGUCACGAUACUCACGAGGCUUCUUCCCCUCCGUUCGCUCUCUUGUUUCCCCCAUCCCAUGGCCACCCCAGCGUCGACGCCGGCGAAGAUGCGGGCCGUGCAGUACGACGCCUGCGGCAGUGGCGCCGCCGGCCUCAAGCAUGUAGAACUCCCCGUCCCUUCAGCAAAGAAGAAUGAGGUCCUGUUGAAACUGCAAGCUGCAACCAUCAAUCCAGUUGACUGGAAGAUACAGAAAGGGGACUUGCGGCCUCUGCUGCCUCGUAGACUGCCUUUUAUCCCAGUGACUGAUGUUGCCGGAGUAGUUGUUGAUGUUGGUCCUGGAGUAAAAGGUCUCACAGCAGGCGAUCAAGUCGUCGCCAUGUUGAACUCUCUUAACGGAGGUGGACUCGCAGAGUACGCAGUAGCGUCCGCAAACCUGACUGUCAAAAGGCCAGCUGAGGUUUCUGCAGCUGAGGGUGCUGGGCUUCCCAUUGCUGCGGGCACUGCGCUCCAGGCACUGAGGUCCAUUGGUGCCAAGUUUGAUGGCACCGGCAAGCCAUUAAACGUGUUGGUCACCGCUGCCUCUGGCGGCGUAGGCCUGUACUUGGUGCAGCUUGCAAAGCUAGCGAACCUUCAUGUUACCGCCACCUGCGGCGCCCGCAACAUGGAUCUUGUGAAGAGCUUGGGCGCGGAUGAGGUGAUGGACUACAAGACCCCAGAGGGGACGAGCCUGCAGAGCCCCUCCGGCAGGAAGUACGACGGCGUGGUUCACUGCACCGUCGGUGUCAGCUGGUCGUCUUUCCAGCCAUUGCUGACUGACGCCGGGAGAGUUAUCGACAUCACCCCCAAUUUCUCGGCCAUCCUCACAUCUGCGCUGCACUGGGUGACGUUCUCCAAGAAGCGCCUCGUGCCCCUGCUCCUGUCGCCCAACAAGGCGGACCUGGAGUUCUUGGUCGGGCUGCUCAAGGAAGGCAAGCUGAAGACGGUGAUCGACUCGAGGUUCCCCUUGAGCGACGCAGGCAAGGCGUGGCAAAGCAGUAUCGAUGGCCAUGCCACUGGUAAGAUUGUUGUUGAGAUGGAGAGCUGAUUGUCGUCGAUGCUUAUAUAGUACUCCCUCCGUCCGGAAAUACUUGUUCUAGAAAUGUUUGUUCUAGAAAUGUACAAAAUGGACGUAUCUCCAUAACUAAAAUAAAUCUAGAUACAUCUAUUUCUAGGACAAGUAUUUAUGAA